UUAACCUGAAGCAUUCGAUCUGAUCAGUCGGCUACCAGAAUUCCACUCGCAUAGACUAAAACCUUCGCGCGCGGGUGUCUGAAGGAAGAUUUGUUAUUUUAAACUAUUUAUAUAUAUAAAUGUGUCAUUAGUGUGUGAUAUCUCUAAAGUUUUUGUUCAUAUCUUUAAAUCGUAGUGCACAAAACCCUCUUCACGGUUUUACUAUAAAAAAAUCUUGAAAACGUUCUGUUUCAAUAAACUUAUUACGACCAUGAAACUAUGAUAUAAUUUAUGCAAACCGACGGAAAAAGCUAAGAAUAAAAACACUCGCUCAACUAAAAAAAUAGCCAAAGAUGCUCAGGAUGUGAAUUACAAUUGUUGGGCAUAAGUGUACAAUCAGUUUGUUUUUAUGUGCUUCGUUUUAUCAUUCGUUAUCUUUGUAUCUUACGGCCAAAAUUAAAAAUUAUGUGUAAUCGUCGACAGUGGAACUACAAUAGAUAUAAAGUGAAGUGUAGCUUCAAAUAUAAAAACAUUACACACCAACACCUACAAUCAUGGAAGGAGCCGGAGGAAGUAGCAACUCUGAUCCACGAUUUGAGUUCCUGGGAUCGUUUGUGCAAAAAACGCUCAAGUUGAAACCAGAAAAAUGGCACAGAUUAGUUACACUAGAGGAACACAAGGCAGUUCUGAAAGAGUUUUUUGACAAUGCACAGACUGUCGUUAUGAUUAUUAUUCUUACACCAUCUGCACAGUUGAUUCCACUUGUGAGUUUUCCAAUACAACAACUUAAAAAUAAAGGUGUUUACUUUGUUAAGAAGAACCCAAUUGAUGUGCCUCGCGAUGGCUGCAAAGAUGUGCUGGUUGUUGGUGAUCUUGCUACGCGAACCAUCGACCAGCUGUCCUGUCUGGUCGAUGAAGUUUUUGUUCCCCUUCUUUCGAACUCAGACAACCACCUCGGAUGGCCUGAAAUGGUAGCACAAGACGUACAAAAGCAAGUUCACAGUCUUAAGAGCACGGUUUAUCAAGUUCAGGGUCAAGUUAGUGGACAGACCGUUCUACCAAUGCCCGUGGGAGUUGAUAAAUGUGUGCAGACGGCCAAAGAACUGGUUGUCAACUCUGAAUGUUCGAUUAAUCUUUAUCUGAAGAGCGCAAUCGAAGGUGUUGUUAUUAAAUGGGCCACACAAGUAAAUGAUGUCAUGCUGGAGUCUAGUGCAAAUGCAUUCAAUGGCGGUCAAAAUCCUGUUCCCUCUGUCGAAAUAAACUUUUGGAACAAUCGUCUUAAAAAUCUUACAUACAUUUACGAGCAACUACGCCACGAACGUAUUCGCAGCAUGGCACUAAUUCUAGAAUACACAGAUAGUGCAUACUAUCCCUGCUUUAAAACACUCUUCAAGAACGUUGUAACAGCUUUGGCUGAAGCACGUGAUAUAACACUUUAUUUAAACCCUCUCACGAGACACUUCCAGCAACUGGAAGACACCGAGUUUUCAGAGUGCAAAGUUUUGUUAAAACCACUGCUGCACGUCGUUUGUUUGAUUUGGUCUAAUUCUCUAUACUAUUGUCAUUCCGCAAAAUUGAUUGUACUCCUUCGUCAAAUAUGUAAUUUAAUCAUACAACAGGCCAAACGCUUUUUGGACCCAUCCUCUAUCUUUCAUACUGAUAUCGACGAAGCCAUGCAGAGAAUAUCCCUGUCGAUACAAAUUCUUAAAUAUUUUCGCACAGUAUACGAUGAAUAUAAGGACAACAUUGCUCCCUUCUUUCAAGAACGUCCCGUGGUAAACUGGACAUUCCAUCCUAAUGCCGUGUUCGAACGGUAUAAUGCUUUCCUUGAUCGAUUAUUCACCAUUCAAUGGUUUUUCAAUACCGUCAUUGAAUUUCUCAAACUAGAGAAAGUUGAAAUCGGUGGACUUAAAGGACGGGCGUUAAGUGCGCGAAUUACAGGUGUAUCUGUUGAGUUCAAUCAGUGUUUUUCACUAUUUGCUUCGAAAACCUAUGACGUUCUCGAUCCCGACGAUCCAACGUUCAAGGAAGAUUUUCUCAAGUUCCAGGAUCGUAUCCUUGAGCUUGAUCUCAAGCUUGCUGCAAUCCUAUGCCAAGCUUUUGACGAUUGUCACAACUUGGAAAGUGUAUUUAAGCUAAUUAGCAUCGUUGGAACUGUGUUGGAUCGACCAAAAAUUAAAGAAGAGUUCACCAACAAAUACAGACAAAUUUUGGUAAUGAUUGAUGAAGAGCUCAGCACAUGUGAAAAUAUUUUUGCUCAGCAGAUGGAACACUACCGCAAAGAAGGAUACAUUUUCGUUGAUCGUAGUGCACCGCCGGUUACUGCUGCUCUUCGUUGGGUGUUGCAGCUCACGAAUCGGAUCACUUCCCCCAUCAAACAAUUCCAAACAUUGCAGCAUCCAGUCGUGCAAUCCGACGAAGGUGCAGCGCUGAUUGCUCGUUUUGAUGUGCUGAUUGCUAAGCUGAAAGAGUUUGAACGAUCCAUUUUCGAUGGCUGGGCAAAGGAGGUGCCUGAAACUAUAGAAGCACAUCUAGACACGCCAUUGAUUAUACGGAAGAAAAACUCUCCCGAGCUUCUGCUUAACUUUAGCCCACAGCUGUUCGCUAUCCUGAGGGAAGUGCAUUACCUACGGCUAAUGGAAAAGGAAGACAUCCCACCGAGAGGCCUUGAGUUUUCGGACAGAAGUGAAAUCUAUCGCUCCUACACGCUUAACCUGGAAAAGACCGUCGAUUGGUAUAACAAAAUACGUAAAAAUUGCACCAAAGUUGAACUAGAGUUGAUCAAGGGUGAAAUCGAACACAUCGAUGCUCUGUUGGAGCGGGCGAUUCACGAACUUACCUGGAACUCGGAAGACAUUCAAGACUACAUGAUGCAAAUACGCGACCCGGUCGAGCAGUUGCAAAAGCGAAUGCAAAGCAUUCAAAACAAUUUACAGGAUAUUCGUACCACCAUGUCUGCCUGGGCAAAGCUACCUUUGUUUGAGCGGAAAGACUCUAAGAAGGACACGGUGCUGUGCUUAGAGGAGCGUAACGAUCGUAAAACUAAACGCUACGCAGAAUUGGAGGCGGCGGCAGUCAAGGUUCAUCAGCUGCUUGACAUGAACUUGAAAUUGUUCGGAAUGGAGGAUAACCAGGAAGAUCCCAACUGGGUUGAAUAUGUGAAAUUUGUCGAUAACAUAGUGUACGAAAAUUUACUCUUCAUGAUUGGCAUUAGCAUUGGCUAUCUGGCCGAAAAUAUGGACGUAGGUAACAAUCUUGCACCGCUGUUUGAAUCACGCCUAGAGCUACUAGAGCCCCAACUAGUGUUUGUACCUUCACUGAAUCCAAAUGAUGUUAAUGGUUUUACUGCACUGCUAGCUGGGCUAGUUAACGAUAUAACGUACAUGUCUUCGCUGAUUCCGCGUUUGCUUAAAACGGCCAACAAAACGUACGAACAGAUCAUCACUAAGAACAACGAUAUACAGGAGAUGAAAGUGGAAAUUUUGCAAGGCGUUGAUAAAGUAAUACAAGAAGCAGCCGAGUUUUGCGGAGACUUUGAGCGCUACUCCUAUCUCUGGCUGGAGGAUCGCGAGUACAGCAUGGAAACAUUCCUCGCGUAUGGCCGCCAGUUGGAAGCGGAUGAGAUUGAGCUGAUCAUCAAUAAAGAUCCGGAUGCGCCCAAGCCGUGCCCGCCAACAAUUGAAGCCUUCCGAGAGCAAAUUGAUCACUACGAGUCCCUCUACCAGGAAAUAGAAAAAAUUGAAUCUUUCCAAAUAUUUAACUCAUGGUUUCAAGUGGACGUGCGUCCUUUCCGGCAGUCUCUGAUGAAUAUCGUGCGCAAGUGGGGCAACAUGUUCAAAGAACAUUUGGUAAACAACGUUACCCAUAGCCUCACCGAUCUUGGCAACUUUAUUCGCAAGGCAGACGAAGGGCUGCUUCAGAUCGUGAAAGAAGGUGACUAUGAAGGAUUGGUUAACAUCAUGGCCUAUUUAUUGCACGUAAAGGAGCGAACUGCAACUACGGAUGAAAUGUUUGAACCGAUGAAAGACACCAUCGAGCUGCUCAAGUACUAUGAUAUGGAUAUUCCAGAAGAGGUUAACGUGUACCUUCAGGAACUGCCGGAGCAGUGGGCUAACACGAAGAAAAUUGCACUCACCGUCAAGCAGCAGGUAGCGCCACUGCAAGCUAAUGAGGUCGUCGGCAUACGAAAUCGGAUUGCCAUGUUCGAUGUUCAUAUUACCGUUUUUCGUGAUGUGUUUCGUACAUAUGAAUUUUUCAAAUAUGAUUGCCUAGAACCGUACAUUCUUCUCGAUCGUAUCGAUGGCGAUGUCAAUCGGUUGGAAAAAGAUAUGUCAGACAUACAGGAAUCGGGUAGUUUGUUUGAAGUAUCUGUACCAGAGUUUAAGUUGCUGCGCCAAUGCCGCAAGGAAAUGAAAAUGCUCAAGGUGGGUGAAAUUAAAAUCAUUACGCUUGUUGUUGCCAAUCGCUGCCAACUUCACCCCUUUAUUCUCCACCCUCACCUACAGCAAUUGUGGGAUUAUGUAUUUAUCGUCCGUACCAGUAUCGAGGAUUGGAAAACGACUCCUUGGCGUAAGGUGGACGUGGAAAACAUGGACAUUGAGUGCAAAAAGUUUGCCAAGGAUAUUCGCCUCCUCGACAAGGAAAUGCGCCCCUGGGAUACAUACAUUACACUUGAAUCGACGGUCAAGAACAUGCUUACUUCGUUGCGUGCCGUCGGCGAGCUGCAAAAUCCCGCCAUCCGUGAGCGGCAUUGGAAUCAACUGAUGUCCUCCACAAAGAGUUUAGCAAAUCUUCCACCUGAAAUUACAGUAACAUUCAUCAUGGACAAAAACACAACCCUUUCUGAUCUGCUAGCAUUGAAUCUACACGAAUGUGAAGAAGAGGUGAAAAAUAUCGUCGACAAGGCUGUAAAAGAAAUGUCGAUGGAAAAAAUUCUACGCGACCUACAUUCUGUGUGGAAUGGUAGUCCAAACACCAAAAUGAUGGAAUUUGAAUACGAAACUCAUCUUCGAACCGGUUCC